UGGAUCGUGAUAGAGCUACUUACUCUGCAUUCAAUCUGGCCGCGGCUGCGAGCAAACUUUGUAAGUAAAAGUUCGUCGAUAGAAGAGAUCGAACAGGUCAUUGGUUUUGCUCGCUUUUUUUGAUUGGUUGGUUCGUGUGUAAAGCUUAAGGUAGAAAGUAAGUCCAGCAGUGUCUGGUGGUCAUCCAAAUCUGUAAAUCUGAUUUGAGUUUUGAGGAAGUAAUUUUCAUCACUAAAUUUUCCAUCUGAUCGAACAAGUUAAUUCGUGUUGCGUCUCGUCACACAGUAGAGAAUUCUGGCCUUGAUCUAUCCCCGUUCCUAUUCCUAAAUACCUUUUAUGUUACCACGCAGAAAGAGUUUGCUUCCAACUCUAGAGAAAGUAUUUUUAUCGGCCAAAGUUCGUUAUUUGCAUCAAAAACAAUUGAGCAAUUGCAAUUCUUGGUUGCUGGUUGCUCGUUGGGUUGCAUUUUUGGGUGCGUGACGCCGCACCCGGCAACGCUACUCGUUGCCACCCAAAAAUGAAGCGCAACCAGCCUUCUUUGGUAUAGGUCUCGAAGGGCUCUCCUCGCCCCCUACCGGGGUCACACCUACGCCUUCCUGGGCGGGCACAGAAGCAGUAUUGCGUUGACAACCCGGAUCACGCACCGCGGUAGUGAAUGCCUCACACGGUCCAUCCGACUCCUGAUAAAUCUUUCUAGAUUAUUUACUUUCGCCGUGCGCGACGACUCCCUCGCGAAAGGACUGCCUGUGCCAACCGGAUACACAGACGGUGUCGAUUUUCGUUGCAAAUAAGGCACGAAAUAUUAAAGGGACGUGGCCGUCAGCCUCCCCUUGGGAACGAUGAACGUCGGCGGCUACAAGGCGACAAAUGUGAAACAGGAGGACAUUCCGGACUGGGUGGCACUCGAGGUAUGCAUUGCAAAUAUGUCUGGGUCUGGAAACUUGUGAUGCUGCACGGUCAUAAUUGAACAGCUUUCUUAAUGCAGCUAAGCACAGGAACUAUUUUGGGUGCUCUUUCAUGCGUAGCGAGCAUCACAAACUGUUGAAACUGAAGUUUUCAUGCAUAAUGCAAAAGGUCGCGCUUUUCAUAUUGUUGGUCGUGCAUUUAUUUACAGGAAUGCGAGACGAGCAAUAUUACAAGUCCACCUUUUAUUCCAGACCGAGACAUAUUUGCAGUGCACGCGAGGAGCAGCAAGCCCAUCUUUUCAGUAACCCGUACGAGCGUAACCCGGCCUACGCGGUCGAGGUUCACACGGUUGAAGAGGGGCAAUGCGACAAGCUUACAUCCAUCGAGAAGCGGCUCCGCGAGGAGCUCCACGUGGGGCUCGGCCUCAAGUGGAACCUGGAGCAUCCGGGCCAGGGAAAGAAAAAAAUCAACCUCGUCGCGGCGCUGGUGAUUGCCACUCCGAAAACGGUCUACAUCUUCCGCACACACAAGGAUACCAGGUACAAGUUGUAAUGUAGACGCUUUUUUUUUGAUGUAGUGCCGCUCGUCAUGGACGUAGUAGAGAUGGAGCAACAAGAUAGAAACUUCUGUAGUGGCUCGUCCACCUUUGUUCAUUGCUAUUAGCUCAAGACCAUCCCGCCCAAACAUGCAAGCAUGUAUUUACAAGGCGCGUACAGGAGAUUUUUGACUCAGUGCAGCUCCCUUUUUUUGGGUAGGAGUGUGAAUCACCUCCCCACCCCUUUGAAUCACCUCCCCACGCAUCACCCCCCCACCCGGAUCACCUACCCACCUCCCCCGCAUCACCUCGUGAUGCGGGCGCAUCACCACCGCAACGGCCGGAGGUGAUGCAGAAGCAGAGCCGGCUGCGGCCUUGGUUGUUUGGGUCUGGGUUUAGGGUUCGGGGUUUAGGGUCGUCGAGGCCAGCCGGCGCGACGGCCGAUUCUGUUCUUCGCCUCGUGCGCUUUCCCCCCUCUCCGCCCUUGCGAGCCACUGUUUUGCCUCCGCCCCUCCUAGGUCCUUAUGUUGUGCGCUCUUUGCCCCCGUCGUGUUCCCGCGCCUUGACUCCUUGCGGCAUUGCCUUGCGUGCCCCGUGAGUCGUUCCAUGUUCGCCACCUUAGGGCCGCCGGCCGCCAUCUGGUGGGUGGCCGCGUACUUAGACGGAUCUGUCAUGCAGGAUGAGGGCUCAUGUGCGUUGUGGCAGAUACCUGGCUUCAUGGCCGCGAGGUAGAUCGAUGGCACAGAAGCCAAGCAGCAAGCAUCCAGACGUAGUCACGUUCUGGUCGACCAUCACGGGGAAGUGCAACGCAGUGGGAAAGUGCUGGAGGACUGGGAGGUGGGGAGAUGGGGAAGUACCUCCCCACCUCCCCACUACUGGGGAGGUACCUCCCCACACGUGGGGAGGCACCUCCCCAGGGUGGGGAGGUAGGGAGGUGGGGAGGUGAUGCGUGGGGAGGUGAUUCACACCAUAAGAUAACCCUUUUUUUGUAUUUUCAUGAGAGGUUUCCUUUCGUCAUCUCAAUUAACGUGAAUUCCCAGACUCCCGGACUACGUGGUGCAAUGCAUCCGCGACAAGAAAGUGGCCAAGUGCGUCCUGGGGAGUGAGUUGGUGUUGAAGAACAUCAACCAACGCAUGCAGAAAACCUUUGAGAACACGCCAAAAGGUCUCGAAGAGUGUCGGAAGUGGUCCAAAGACAACCUGAAAGAACGCAACGGCGAAAAGGUUGAACCCGAGCUUCCGGACGACGACGAGUUUCUUUGGUAAGAAAUUAAUGCUGCUGUAAGGUCGCCUCCCUGCGAAUUUUUCACUCGUCGUAAUCUCCGCCACCGCGUCUUGUUCUAUACUUCUUCAUCCUUUCCCGCCUACGGUGAUGCUAAUGAGAUGGAGUAAUAAAUCUUCCAAAUGUCUAGUUCUAGUACCUCUACCACUACAAAAAGCUACCACUACGAACACGAAGACAUGCAACAUGCUCACGAGAAAAAUAUUCAUCCUGAUUGCUGACACUAGGUACUGCGCCGAGUAUGGGUUGGGCCACUGCCGAAAGGGGCGAGCACUGCAGGUGGCAGAAGAAGUCGAGAACUCGGACUGGGAGCUAGACCUCUUAACCGGUGCGCAAAUCCGGAAAGCUGCGGACGACGCUUAUUAUGCACUGAUGGUAAAAAGGCUUCUACUCUGCAUUCUCGUUGUUGCCCUGCGUGAAACACGUCGUCUCCGUCCUCAAGCUGCACUACUUUUCGCACAUAAUAGAUGCUAAGCUUUCUUAACGAACGUAGUCAAAAUAGGACAGCACGACUUCUGUGAAGAUUCAGAUUGAGGCUGCAACUACUAUUAACUAGAGAGAGAAACCACGCACCUAUCGAACAAAAAUUAAUUCUCAGGUUUUCCUCAGUAUGAAGUUGCGUAAGGAGCGGCGCAACCCCCGGCGGAACAAGGAUUGGGACGACGAAAUCGAUCGGCGUCAACGGCAGGGGAAGGGGAAGGGCCUGUGCGUACACGCGGAGACAGACGAGUCCCUCGUGCAGAAAGGCAUGCUGCCUCCCACUCCGAGUAUGAUGAUGACCCCUUCGACGACCAGCACUAUGGGCGGGACUGGUGCAACCUCGAACGGCAUGAACAACCGGAUGCUGAUGAACAAUACGUCAAUGGGCGGGCCGCUGGGCAAUCACAGUCUGGGCGGCGGACCUGGUGGGGGUCCAAGCCCGGGCGUUGGACCACCUCCCGGCAUGAUGAUGGGCGGAAGUAACAACAAUAACCUUCCGCUGACCAAGGGCGGUGGGCAGGGCCACCUUGGAGGAGGCCCGCUGGGCGGAGCAGGUGGGCCGAUGAAUAAGCAGCUCAAUGGAGCUGCACCAGGUGGACAACAGCCAGGACCGCUCGGGUUCGGGCACCAUCCGAGCAGCGGAGGUGGUCCCAUGUCGGGGAUGUUCGGCGGUCCGCCACCAGGUGGGCACCAGCCAGGAGGACAAGCUGCACACCCUGGCAGUAACACCACUAAUAACGGCAUGUCUUGUCUGAUGGACAAGCAGCACCAAGCGCCGCCCCCACCUACAGGGGGAGGGAACAAUAGUUCUUACAACCAGGGAAGUAGUGGACCAGGUGGCAACAUGGGAGCAGGUGGUGGAGGGGCGCAGAACAACAGCAUGAUGAACAGUAACUGCAGCACCACGACUGGCAGUAUGCUGAUGGAUCAACAGCAGCAGCACAACCUGCAGGGUGGACCACGAGGGCCGCCACCGCCAUUCAACAAUAGCAACAUGCAGCCGCCGCAGUACCAGAUGCUGAAUGGGCCUGGUCCGGGCGGCAAGCAAGGCCAUCAACCCCCACCGGGCAUGGGCAAUAUGGGAGGUGGACCAGCGAUGGGCGGGCCAGGAGGUGGAGGACCGAGCGGCCCCGGGUCCAGCAACAGCAGUCCGAUAGCGCACCACCAGCACGGAAUGAACAGCACCAGCAACCCAGGCACAGGUGGUGGCCCAAUGUGCAGCAGCAGCUCCCUCAACAGUAAUAAUUUUCAGCAGCAUGGUGGCAUGAACUUAAACCCGCCGCCGGGUAUGCAGCAUCAGCAACAUCCCAUGGGAGGAUCCCCGCCUGCGGGAGGCGGUGGUCCACCAGGAGGUCCUUCUUCUAUGCCACCAGGGAUGUUCAAUAACUCGUACAACCACCAACAAAAUUCAUCAAACAACCCGAUGGGCGUAGGUUCAUCAAAUGGAAACAACGAUCCGUUCCACUACGACCACCACCAGCAUCCGAGCAGCGCGCCGCGAGUCGAGAUCGGUUCGCGCGGGGGGGCGGCACCGGGCUGCUCCAUCCCGCCCGGCAUGGGGCCGAAGAGCAACAGUUACCCGAGCCCCGACGGCGGCAACAACAUGAUGAACAACCAGCACCGCAACAACUACCUGCCGAUGAACAGCAGCGCGUAUGGGGGCGGCGCACCGGGGGGACCCGGGGGACCCCCACCGCAGCACUACGGAAACAGCGGCCUGAUGCCCGAACCCCCGCCCGGCAUGGGUAUGAACAAUAUGGCUCCUGGAGGGAGCAAUCCGCAGCAGGGAGGAAUGAAAGGAGGAGCCGGGGGCCCCUGCAACGGAGGAGGUGGGCUCAUCAUGCAACCGCAGCCACAUCCUAUGCAGCAGCAGCACGGUACUUUCAUGCACAGCAACUCGAGCGGCGGAGGAGGAUUACCAUUACCGCCGCACUACGGAGGAACAAGUGGAGGUGGUCCAAUGCAGCACGGAGGUGGUGGACCACCACCUUUGGCAAAUUCAGGAGGUAGCUGCAACACCACUAAUCCUACUUUCGACCCAGACCCGCAGCCGCCCUACGGCACGCAUCCACCGCCACCGGGAGGCUUCGAUCCGCGCGGUUAUGCACUGCAAAAGUACUAUCGUACUCGUACUAAUCGCAUUUAUGCAUCACAAAAGUUAAAUCCGCAUUACAAAUUUCAUUUUAGACCCAGAAACUUUUCAUAUCCGGCAGUAGUUCGUCGAACAGUCCCGGUGCCCCCCGAGUAGCCCCCCCAACUACUCGCCCGAGCCGACGACCCCACUCGUGCUUUGCACCAACAUAGGAGAGGCUCGCCUCGCUUCCGGGGAGAGCAAAUUGGUAUCUAACCGACAUUGUGCCAAGAGGAGGGCCUCCCUCCCCGGGACCGCCUGGCGAAAGCCUGCCAUGGGUUUCACUGUCCGCGGGUGGUGUUGCGGGUAAUCCUGGCGAAAGCAAAAAACCGGCAGAAAAUGGGGCCACGGAAGCGUCCUUGCUGGACAUUGCCAACAUUUGCCCACGCAGAGCCGUCCUCUUGCCGGGCACAGCCAACAUCUGUCCGAAACAGCCUCGGGCCAAGACGACACCGUGAGGACGACCACAGGGGGUUCGUCUCAAUGAUGAUGAUGAUGCUGGGGGAAAUUUGUCAUGCGAUAUGUACUAGUGCGAUACUUUUGCAGUGCAUAGCGGUAGGAGCGCCGCAAUGUCGGGUCAGGCACCUGCCCCCGGCCCCGGAGGAGGUGGCAAAGGUCCCACGGGCGGCGAUCCCGGUGGUCCUGUCGGCGGAGGCGGGCACCAACAGCAAAGCGCCAAUAUGAAUCCUCCUCCGGGCAUGCUGCCGGACCAGCACCAUCAGAGCAAGGGCGGUCCUGCUCAAGGUGGUUCGCAGCAGCCGCCGUUUCACCACUCUGUCGGAGGUGGCGCCCCUGCAACAUCUAUGAACGGCUCCAAAGGCGGAGGCGGAGCGAAAGGACCCCAAGGCAGUCAGGAAAACAGCGGCCUGGCGGCCAACGGCACCAAAGGCUACACGAAUAACAACCCAGGUGGUGGAUCUUCCGUAUGGAGUAAAAGGAGCGGGGGCCCAGACAUGGAUGCAGAACAGCACGAUGAUGUUUACCGCAUGUCUGAGAUCGUUGCCAAAAUCAAACAAUUGGUAUAGAAUUUUAUAAGUUAGUAUGUGUGCGACGUACUGCUAAGAAAUAAAGAACUGCACGACAAGAACAACCGACGAUUUUUUUCUUUCUUCUCUUUUGUCUGGUACCGGCGAGACCCACAUGGAUAUCUAUGAUAUUCACAUUGGCUUUCCGUCCUGCUGCCGGGUUCAUGAUCAAAAAUCAAAUUGAAAACAGAUGCUCACCGCUGCGGCUGCACGGCGUAAGAGUGUGCAGAUGUUGAGCGCAGUAGUCCUCAGCUCGGAGCGUUGCAACGACACCGACAAAAUCCUGGAGCUGCAAAAAGCUUUGUUGAACAGCGGUAGCGAGGUCCAUCUGAUUAUCCAUCGAACGCUGCAAGACGCCGAGAACACACUGGAAGACAGGCCCGACAUCUUCGCGCUCUUUACCUUCUCUUCCGUCCUUGGCGUGCAGGCGGUACUGCCAUUUUCUAUGCUGGAGCUCUUCAUCUACAGUGUUGUCUCGUCCACCGUGAUACUUUUUGUUGCUCUCAGAAGAAGUCUCUGUUUUGUGAUAUCGUGUUAUUCCGGUGUGUCGAUAUGAGAGAGUAGGUCACGAUCCAACAAUAGCAAGGAUAGAACUGCGUGUGCAUCAGAACCACGACCCUGCUCAUGAAACAGAAAUACUGACCAACUGAAAAUACACUAGUUCGUGGAAGACGAUGGUGGAUCUGUGAAACAGAAGGAAUAUCUGAAGCGGUUGAUGGGCAUUUUGAAGAACAAGGACCACAGCAUGCUGUUUGUGUUGCAGGACGAAAAGGACCAGAUUGAGCGGGCGGCCGACGGCGAGCCCACGCUGCCGUACCAUGGCCACUACCUGCGCACCUUCCAGGUCCCCCGACACGACUGCUGGUUUGUGUUAGGGCCAAACGACUACAGCCAGACGCCGUUCUACACCGAGGACCACAACUGCUGCUCCAUUUCUGCCGUGGAGCUGUACCGCGCGAGCCCGGUCCCCUCUAAAGCGAAAAAAAAGAAAUCGCAGUCAGCGCACUCCGUCGUCCCUACCGCACGGGAUGGGCAGGCGCAGCAGCACCAGUCCUCGUCGCUACCGCCCAAUAACUCGGGUGGUGUAGGUGUUGACAACUCGAACUCAUCCAUGUUCCAGCAUCACAAUAUGCCCAUGUCGGGCUCAGCGAACAACCAGCAAUACGCAUUAUCGGCAGGCGGAGGCGGGUACGAAUACGAUCACAAUUUAGAUGUUGACAUCUUGCCACAUGACCACGUGGAGUCUCGGUUUUCAUUGACUAUUGGAACAAGGUAACAAGGAACCUAGACGUGACCGGGGGGGUCACGUCCGUCCGGCCGGCCGGACGGACGGCACGUGACGUGACCGGGGGUCGGUCGUGGUGGAGGAGGUGGAGGUGGCUGCGGUGGACCGCGCGGCCGGGCAACUAAAAAAAAAAAAAAAAGGUCAUGAGCUCGGCACUUCACUGAAGAACUGCCUUCUUCGUCACGCUCCGCCCCCGGUCACGCGGCCGGGGGGUGUCAGCUACCUAGCUCGGGCGCCCAACUAAAAAAAAAAGGUCAUGAGUUCGGUCUUUCACGGAAAAACGGAAAAAGGCGCGGCUCUUGCCGCUGGUCCGCCGUCGGUGACGCGGCCGGGGACUUCUAGCUACCGAGGGCCACAGUUGCUGCGGCAUUCAGGAGCGCCGAACUCGCCCCGAGGCCGGACUGCCCCCGGUCACGUGCCGUCCGUCCGGCCGGACGGACGGACGUGACCCCCCCGGUCACGUCUAAGUUCCUUGUUACCCUGUUCUUGCGGUUUUAUUGUUUUCUUCGAUUAUCCUACCUAAGCCACACGAGAACUGAGAAGUGCUUUUUUCACCAUCUUCAUGUGAAAAGUUUUCCCGCCAAAUUAUGUCUUUCCAGAUCCGGAACUGCAGACAGCAGCAAUACCGACAUGUCUAAGACAGGCGCGGGGAAGGGCCCAAUGAUCGCAGAUGGAAAAGGGAUGAUGGGCAAGUCGAUGGGAGGGUAAGAAAAGACGUAUGUCUUUAGCUACGUAUAUCAAUCUACUCUUUUGCUUUUCACUAAGCCCGCUGGCAGCAUCCUUCUGCGCGCACAGCACUCUUCGCAGGAACUGUGCUCGUGCCUGCAGGUAGCUCCGUGUGUGCGCCACACUGCUUAGAAUGCUUCGAUUUCGUGCUUUAUCGUGACUUUCUCUCGCAAACCAGGUUCAAUUCGUGUUCGCAACCUCCCGGCUUGGACCUGCAGCGAUCGGAUGGAAAAGGUGGCGCGCUUGGCAGCAUGGCGCCAGGAAUGGGUAGCAACAUGGACAACGGCCCUCCUCAGCACAGUAUGAAGAGCGGUCCGUCUCCAGCGAGCCACACGAAUAGCAAAUCGAGCGGACCCUACGACAUGUUCAAUCCUGCUCCAGCCGGCGCGUCCUCUUCGCAGCCCGCGAGCAAGGGCCUAACCCCGUCCCCGGGAUGCUCGUACCAACCCUCGAGCCACAAUCUGAACCACCAGCAGGGAGCAUACAAUCCGGGCCUGCAACUGCACCCGGGGACCGGUCCACCUGGAGCCGGAACGGGUGCGCUAGACCAACAUCCACAGCACCUGCAGCACCAGCAUCCCGGGGGACCCAAUAGUCAACAUCUCGCAGCGCCGCAGCAGUGCGGUGGUAAAGCAGGCGGGAAGUCUAUUUCCGAGAUGCCACCGCCCCCAUACCCUCCGGUGCUGAAUCAAAACAGCUCGGCAUCCGGGCCCUCGGGCACCGGCGCCGGUGCGGGGGGCCCCAGUGCGGGUAGUUGUGCUCCUGGUAUGGGCAGCAUGCAUGGUGGCAAGGGUGGUCCUGGCCCCCAACCACCCCAUCAGCAGCAUCACCCGUCCUCCGGUCACUACGGAGGUAGCAGUGGACCACAUGGAAGUACGGGCGUGCCAACUUCGAUGGGUGCUCCGGCACCAGGAGGGAACAACGUGCAUCCCAACAACCAUUAUCCGAACCAGAUGAGUUUUCACGGAACUCCCAGCCAGGCCCACGGUGGACCGCAAUCCAUCCUCGCGCCGGAACGACCAAACAGCGGGUACAGCUACCCUCCUGCGCCAGCACCCACGCAGCAAAGCAACACCCCAAAUAAGGGCGGAUCAAGCAACAACGCACAGCAACAGCUGCAGCAGGGUGGCGCUGGCGGGUCCUCGUCCAACAAUAAUGCAUCCUCCAGCAACUACAGUACUAGCAUGAGCAAUGUCCAGCACAACAUGACCAGCAACAAAGGACCACCGAACCUAGCACCCACACGCCCCGCCCCGUCCCCCGGCGCACCCGGCACCCCAGCUCCGAGCCCGGGAAGCACCGCCGGUGGAGGCAACAAUACUAGAGGCCUUUCUUCAUCCAAGGGAGGUGGCAACAAUGCAUCCAGCGCUGGUUCCUCGUCGGCGGGGAAAAGCAAUAGCAGCAGCAUUUCGACAUCCGCACAAAUGCAGCAGCCGGGCAGUGGAAUGUACAACAGUAGUAGCGCUGGUGCGGCUUUAUCCAACAUGACAUCCAUGAACAACGCACCCAGCGGUGGCCCAACGCCGUCGCAUCGUAGCUCCGCCGGCAAGACCACCAGCUCCGGAGGUAUUCCACAAAAAGGAACCCCGCCUCCCGAACUACCCGCCCUCGACCUGCUCAACGACGUGCAACGGCCCGCACCCCUGCUGCCGCCGCCGGUCCAUUUGACGCCCCCGCCGGCACCGUACAACAAUAAUUCGGGUGGCACCAAUAAAGGCAGCAACGGUAGUAAUAUGAUGGUGCCAGCAAGCGGUGGAACUACCGGUGUUGCAGCCGGGACGCCCAUGAUCGCACCCCCUCCGAGGGGCGGAAGUAGCAUGAUGACCGGAUCCGCUCCUGGGGGCAAGGGUCCCCCACCGUUUCCUGUCCCUCCUGCAUUUCCCCCUAACUUUGUGGCGGCAGUCACUGGCAGUGGCAGCUCGGGUGGUCCACCGCAGCAGGGCGGUAGCAAUGCUGAUCGCGGCUCCAAAGGUGCUGUUAUCAGAAUGAAAAAUCCACCCCCCUCCCCAUAUCAAAACGAAGUUUCUCAUGCUGGAUUUGCGUACACAAAUCCGAUUUGUCUUGCUGGCGAGGACUCCAGGCCCAUGCUAAGCCUGAGUAGAUACGUUUUGGCCUAGGCGCUUAGCAUGACAGACGUCUACGCUGUAGGUCAACAGCAUGACAAACCACCUGUAGAAUGCGGCGGAGCCUGUGGGGUUGCCGUCGUGCAACACAGAAACGAUCUGUGGCUACAAAUCAGCAACACAAAUUUCCGAAAACGUGCCUUGUCAAUAUGGGGAGGGGGGAUUUUUCCUUUUGAUAGCUGUGGGCUCGUCCCUGCAGAUGAGCCGGGACCAUCAACUUCGGGAGUCACACACUAUCGCAAGAAAAAAGUGUUACAGUUACGCCUUGUGUUGCAAAACUGGCAUCACAGACAACCUUUCUCAUGCAGGAAAUGCUUUGGAGCCUCGUUUUCUUCCUGUUUUCGAUUAUGAUCUUCGCAUUACAAGUUUUCUCUGCCACACAGAGAAAAUUUGUGAUGCAGAAACUCCAACAAAUGUGUAACUGUAACACUUUUUUCUCGUGAUACACACUGGGCAGAAGGUAGUAGUUUUUCUUUUUCUUGCGAACUUCAUGCAUAACAACACGAGAAAAUUCAAUUUGUAUUGACGCAGGUACUAACUACGUCCGUCCAACUCGAACUCCACAUUUCAUUUCAUGUUGGCCUAUCUGAUAGGCUAUGAUGCAGAUCCGUCGUGCGGUGUUUAUUUGUAUUUUUUUCCGCCCGUAUUCACUUCGUCGUCGACGUCAUCGUCUGUCACCCUUUUUGUUAAAUUACAUAACAGUCCGACGGUGGAAAAGUGAGCAGCAAUAAGGGCUCUGGAAAAAAGGAUGGGAAAAAAACCUAACGGUUUCCUACGGACCGACACCGAAUCGCUCCGAUGAUGGCUUUUUUUCCCCUGCGACCUCCAUCUCAAAUUCCGAUUGCCGGCGGACUCGAGUCAAAACUUUUUUUUGAAUGUAGAGGUACCCACGGCCCAUGAUGAUGUAUCUUCACUUGGUUUUAUUUUUGUCACAAUUUCUUCUAGAAACAAACACUAUUCUGCAUCUUUCUAUUUCGGCGACAUUUUCUAUGGCACAAAUGUCUUACCAUUGCUUUGCUGCACUGCGGCAUGCAAUCUUGAGACAAUCCUCUCAUCUGAUCGUUUCUUGAUGGCUUUUCUCCGAAAUCUGACAAAUAUAUAAUACCAACCGCGUUGUGGUAUCCCCCGAUACCCACUGGACUGCCGGUUGGCUUUCAAUCUCAUCCUAUAAUCUGCAGUGAUUGUUACGUCGUCGUAGCGCGUACAAUUGGAAGUACAAGAACAAAAGUAGAGCAACGAUACAUGAUGUCUUUCAUGAUGAAUGCAGUCGCUACAAAAUAUGGCUUUAGCUCCGUAUGUAAGUACAUUAUUGCGCAAUUUCUGUAUUGUGUCUGUCUAGCUUUCAAAGUGGCACGAACGAGGGGAAAGCUCAGAAUCGUGACCGUUUACCAUUUCUAAAUUUCUUUCUAAUCAAGAAAAGUUUCGUAUGGAUUUUCAAGAUUUGAAAUUGUCGUAACAAACAUGAUAUGAGCAGCUUCUAAAGUACUAUACGUGCAUGGGACCCCCUGCAAGGGCUUGAACAUAGCCGGUAUUUUUUUCAGCGACAACAGAAGACACCCACGCGUUCCGUUAUUUUACUUAAGCGGGGGAAAGUCUCAUGAAUAUUUUGAUCUGCGAUUUUUUUUCAACAAAGCACUAUUUAGUCUGUUAGUUUUAUGACCGUCAGGGAUCUGAGCAAUACAAUGCUUCAGUUCCGACUUUGCCUAAAAAAUUUGCGUCAUUUAUAUCGACCACCCCGAUAGCUUUUUUUUAAGUUGCGACGCAUUGGCACAAGCAUGAGACUCUCAUCGUGCCAAUCGCUUAAACCAGCAAGCCAGGUAAACAAAUUAUUUCUGAUGAGGCGUACUAGCACUUUUGAAUGUUUCGCGAGAACAAGGGUCGCCUGAUUCUUUCAUCGAUCAAACGCUGACAAGUCCGCGAAACAGCAUGAAUUUUUCAAAAAAAAAAUAGAAAAUACACAUCCAAAUUUUUGCUGGGAUAUGACGAAGGAAAGAUUGAAUUUUUCUCGUGCCGCUUAUUGUCUUUGUGUUUAGUUUAUGUUGGAGUUGCUCCUACCUCAU